AUGAGGCGUAAGUGGGUCAAAAACUGGCUUGCUAGAAGGGAUUUGUUUGGUCACAUGACAUUAUUAAAAGAGUUGAAUGAAAAUGAACCAAAUGAUUUGAAAAACUAUUUGAGGAUGUCAAAACCAGAUUUUGAUCGACUCUUGGAUUUACUAAGACCACACAUAACAAAACAGGAUACAGUAAUGCGCCAGGCAAUACCUGCAGAAGAACGUCUUAUAGCUACUUUACGGUUUCUAGCUACUGGCAGGUCAUAUGAGGACUUAAAAUUCAGUACAGGAAUUUCUGCACAAACUCUUGGUUCUAUUAUACCUGAGACAUGUAAGGCUAUCUAUGAAAUAUUGCAAGACACAUAUAUGAAG